AGCGCCGUGCUAGAAAAGCCAACCACACGGCACACACAAACGAUAUCACUGUACAAACAAAUCAGCAACGUUCAGAUAAAGAAUGCGGUGCUGAAGCGGAUUUCUUACACGUUAAUCACGAGAUUUACUCAACUUACAGACAAAGUUUGGAGAGGACACAAUACGUGCGUCGGACUGCGCUGCCACUGAAAGGAUUCCCGGUUCAUACAUAUGCGCGGUCAUGACCUGGUGCCAACACACUUCAAAUAUCCCCAUCAUUUUCCUGUUCAUGUUAUUCAGUCUCACAGUAGAGCCUGCAGCCUUCAGUCCAGUGACAACAGACAGAAACACAGUAAGUGAAAACUAUGCAGCUGCCUCCUCUGCUCAGCAACAGGCUCAAUAUACUCAACCAGCCGAGGAGCAGGGCACGCCACAUGAUGAAAGUGAAGAUGAUGAUGAGCUUUUUAAAGAUGUGGAUCCUAGAACCCUAGCAGCAGUUCUUCUCGGGGCACUAAACCAGCCCCAGAAAGAAAAGAUGAGUGAACGAGAAGAUGAGGGAACUGAAGUGGAAAAGGAGAGGGAUCUUCAGGGUGCAGACAGAGACAGAGAUGGUCACAAAGAACUGGAACUGGUCAUGGCAGCAGCGCAAGGAAAUGAUGAGAAGGAAAGAGAGGAAGAGGAGAAAAAAAGGGCUGAAGAGGAGGAAAGGAUGACGGAGAAAGUGACAAGCCGCACCACCAGCCAGACGGUACCCAUUAAGGAGCAGGUGGCUCCGCAGGAGGAGGCCACACAAGAGGACGUGAUCAAGGAGGAAGAGAGGCAGGAGCCGGUGGGAGGAAAAGCAGAGGAGGAGGAAGAGCAGCUGAGUCCCGAGGAGGUGAAGAACCUGGAGACUAUGCUGGAGGAGUUUCAGAGCUACAGCACAGCCACUAAGAGGGAGCGGGACACUAGACAGAGGGAGAGCCGCGGGGAGUAUUUCGAUUACCUGGACCGCAAUGGCCUCAUGAACAAUGAGAUCAAGCCUAAAGCUAAAGGCAAUGACCUAGCCUUGUCCAAGAAGAAGUUAAAGUGGCAGCUCGAACAAGAGAAAAACAGAGUUCAGCCCUUACAAAGAGGAGGCAACUUCAUGGAUGACUUUAGCAAUAACCUUGCUGAUCCAGAGGAAGAGGAUGAGGAAGAUCAGGAGGAUGAAGAACAGCUAAGCCCUGAAGAAGAAGAAACACGGGCCAAAGCUGAGCAAGAGGAGGUACGCAGACAAGCAGCAGAGGCUCAAAGAGCCAAAGCAGAGGAGGAGAAGCUUGCAGAUAUUGCAUCUGACAUGCUCCUGAAGUACAUCGUAAAACAAGACAAGAAAAAGUACCAAGACAACAAUGGUGCUGAAGAUAAGCGCUCUGAUGAGGACACUAAUGAUGAUGAUGAAGACAUUGACCCACAGACUAUUGAUAAGUUGAUUGAGAUCUCCAGUAAACUGCAUCUUCCAGCAGACGAUGUGGUGGACAUCAUUAACGAUGUGGAGAAGAAGAAGAAAAAAGAUGCUCCUGAAAAUCUGCCAUGGCAACAUCCUCUUGUGCCACCUCCAGCCCCCGCUGCACCUUCAACAGUGUUACGUAAACCUCCUCCCUCGAAGCCUACUCAACCAAACACCAACCCAUUGAAAGCCUGGUUUAAAGACAGGGCCUCGGUCAAGCCCAGCAAGCAAGACAUGUGGUCGAGGCAGCAGUGGCCCUUUCGUACCUACCCUUCCUACAACUCCUAUCAAAAACCCUACCGAGGCUACUACCCCAUCUACAUCCCACCUCCAAAACCAAAAUCGCGCUACUAUUCCAAGCCCUCUUUCUCACUCAAUGAUGUUCUGGGAAACUCACUGGACUAUGACUUUGAUUACUCCCCCAGACGGAAGUCCCGUCCUUGGGCGCAGCCUCGCCAAAGAGUCCAACCUGCCUUCCAGAGGAACCUCUACUUCCCUCACCCUCGGACUUUCAAAGCUGUACCCAUGCCUAAACCCCGGUCACCUCCACGUCGUUGGCCGUCCUUUUAUUACCCAGCCCGAGCUCCUGUAGUCACCAGGGAGGAUGAUUACUACAGUCCUCUGAGGCAGCCUCCACAGGACAGUGAAGAGGAGCUGGAGAACUUCAUCGAGAGGGUCUUCAUGAAACAUCCCCAGAUGUUUCAGUAAGCGAACUGGUGGAAAAACAGAGCGAUGAAAAGGAAAAGAAGGAGGAGAAGAAAGUGAAAGAAGAAAGAACAACUUAAAGACUGUUCAUGGUCAACUUAUCAAGUUCUGGUUUCUUCUGCCGAAAGAAGUUCCUCCGCUCUCAUUUAUUCGUUUCAGAUCCAAAGUUUACCCUUAAGAACAUUCAGGAUCUUCACGUCCAUCUUAAAAUCACAACUUCCACCGUCCUCCCCCUGGAGAGACUGAAAGAUCAGCAAACUCACUGGAGUGGUGAGAGGAAAGGGUGCUCAUAUACCCAACUCAAGUUCUGCAGACCCCCAGAAGGCCUUUCUGAAGGAUCAGACACCCGAAAGCAUGAAACACCAUGUUUUCAUCCCGUACAAAGACAUUCAAGAUGUUGUCUUGAAAGACUUCUCAUUAUUUUGAAAGCAUCUCCGCUAAAUCUUAUUUAAUUUCUUUAUUAUUUUGUUUUGUAUGUUAAGGACAUUUCAGAUCCCAGUGAUCAAUAUUGUUGAUCAUGAUGUAGAGGGAUAGCAAAAAAAAAUUCUAACAGCACCUUUAAUAGAACGUGAAAACAGAUUGAAUCAGAGAUGAUAAACCAUCACAGUGCCAUAAUGGUGGAAAUAUUCAUUUUAUUUAUUCUGUACACCAAAUGUAUUAGGUCUUACUUGUACCUCAGAGUAUUCCGCUUGAGCAUUUACCAUUUGUGCGUUCCCUUGAGAAACAAAGAGGACACACUCUAAGUCUUGUACAUAGAAUUAGUUUCUUAUCGCUGUCUGCAUUUGAAUUUUUUCCUUCAAUGUGUUUAUACCAUUGUUUUUUACUCAAAAAAAAGUCGGUGCAAAAGGACAUUCAUACAUUCCAACGAUUUCUAAAGAGACAAAUUUAUUAUUUCAUAGAAGAUGUUUUGAAUACAACUUUUAAUUGCCUUAAAACUCUCUCUUCCCCCUUUCAGAUGAGCAGCAUUUUGUCAGACUGGUUUGAGAUUUUGGUCUCAAACUCAUAAACUUUAUUAUAUUAAGCUGGAAAGCAGCGGUCAGCCUUUCAACAUGUUUUACAAAUUAAAAAAUAUGUGUAAAGAUAAUUUUAAAAGAGGUCAUGUUUGUGUUUUUAAAUGUGUCGGAUGUUAAUGGAUUACUUUAGAGUAACUUUGCCUCUAUGUCAAUUAUAUCUUAACAAAAUCAAUCACUGGGCCAAUGAGAGCUCGAUCAAAAUAGCUUAGACAAUCUAUUAUGUUAAACGAUUACAGUUAUCUAGAUCUACUCAGCAUCAAUGUUAAACACAAAAAUAAAGAUCAAACUGGCUGAAACUGACCCAAAUGAGAUGCCUAAAAGUACCAAAGUGGCCCUUGUCAAUCUGAAAAAGACUGAAUAUUCAAAAGGAAGGGGGAGGCAUACACAGUUAUAAUUUUCUUGAAAUUAUUUAAAAGACGGACAAAUGGAUGCUCGGAAACAAAACAAAAUGGAAGGUGGGCUGAACCAGUGAAGGAGUAAAGUUUCUGCACGUUACUGUAAACUUGCAUCUACAAUGUGUUGCUUCUUUGAAGAAAUUACAAGCAUUGAAAAAAAAACAAACAAAAAAACAUGAAUGACUAGUGUAUCCACAUUAAAAUGCCGUUGAGUCUUGUGUGAGGAAAAAAAAUUGUUAUGUCCUUUCUAGAUGUAUAUUGUACGUAACAUAAUAAACAUGCGUUUGCUGGAUGUAAAUAACCGCAUGUUGAUGACUAGUUUUGCUACACAGAGAGAAAUAAAUAAACUUGACUAUUUUUUAUUAA